AUGAAUCCCCAUCAGCCAAAUUACGGUCAAGGACCACCCCCUCCUCAGGGACAAGUGCCGCCGCAAGGCUAUGGAUAUUAUCCAAACCCUGCCCCUGGCCAGCCUCCUCAGCAGCAACAGCAGCCGUACGGCCAUUAUCAGCAGCCUCCACCUGGCUCUGCGCCGCCUGGAUACCCUCCUCAUCCACAGCAACCAGGCCAAUAUCAACAAGGCCAGUUUCCGCCUCCUGGUCCGCCGGGACCAUAUGGUGCUCACGGCCAGCAGCAGCCAUACCCACCGGCCCAGCAGUAUGGUGCACCCCCUCCUGGUCAGCAACAAUGGCAACAGCCACCACCUCCAGUGCAGCAUCAAGGUGUGCCGCCCUACGGUGGAUACGCGGCUCAUGUUCCUCCAACUCCGGCGUCGGCUGGCUAUGACCCAGCACAAAAAUCUUGGGUUCAUCCUGUUGAUACCAGCUCGGAUGUGGAAGCGCUCCGAAAGGCGAUGAAAGGCAUGGGUUGUGACGAAAAGGCGCUUAUUCGCGUUUUGACCAAUGCGAAGUAUUCUAACCCUUGGGCCAUGGUACAGCUUGCGCAAGACUAUAACAAGCGAUUUAUGCGAGAUCUUGCCAAGGACCUGGAAAGCGAGACUAGAGGCGAUUUCGAAACUGCGCUUUUAGCAUUGACGCGAAGCCCUCUUGAGAACGAUGUCAAAAACCUCGCUCAGGCUCUGGACAGAGCUGGUACUGAUGAAGAUGCGCUCAACGAUGUUCUACUCUGUCGGUCAAACGCAGACAUCCGUGCCAUCACUGCUGAGUACAAGCGCAUUACCAGCCGCGACCUGCUUACUGAGAUUAAAGACGAUGUUGAUGAUACAAUGUUCCGUUUUUACAGCAUGAUCCUAGCGGCAAACCGUGCAGAGGACGCAGCACCCGCCAUACCAGCUGAAAUCGACCACAAGGUUACCGAGUUACAGAGGGCAACAGAAGGUACCAUCGGAGCCAAUGCUGUCGCCGUGGCUCAGAUUUUCACCAGCAGCAAUGACGUGCAGAUUCGCGCCCUGCGCGAUGCAUACCAACACAAAUAUCACCGAAACCUAGACGAUGUUAUUGAAAAGGAGUUCCGUGGAGACAUGGAAGAUGCCUUGAUGCGGAUACUGCAGCAGUCUACAGACAGAGCAAAGUCCGAUGCCACGAGACUGAGGACACCGCUGCUUAAAACGCUACGGAAGGACAAACUGUUUAUUAACCGCGUCGUGUCCUUGUAUUGGGAUCGCCCACGGCUCGACGCAGCCAAAGAUGCCCAUAAGAAAGCCCACGGACGGACUCUGUCUAAGGAAAUCAAAGAUGCACUUAGCAGCGAUUAUGAAGAUUUAAUGAUUGCUUUGUUCGGUGAUCGGACUCGGACUCGGGCCCGGGCUGCCGACACCGACUCGGCAUCGACGAACUCAGCUUCAACUUUCCUCGUUCAACUAUCAAAGAAUGACUACCGUUUCACUUUAUCAAUUACGGCUGCGUCUAUGCCCGAACCUGACGGCCGGCGUCGACGGCCAGCAAUAAACGAAGCCUGCGUCUAUGAGAAUCCCGGGUAUUCUGUCCCAUCUUCCAGGCACAAUGUCGACCAAAGUCGAGGAACGAGAUCGGUUCCAAGCCUGACACCUCAUCGGCCAAUACCAAUUCACAGGGAAUUUGGUACCGCUACGUCGACUCUAUCAGGCCAGCCGUCAGGCACCACGGUCGCCAGCUCAACAGAUGCUCCAACACCCACGAGCCAAGCAUCGACUCCAGAUUCCGAAUCGAUGCGAUUGAGGAUCAGAGUCCAGCAUCUCGAAAAUCAGCUUGCUCAAGCCACUUUAAUGCCACCAAUAUCGAUUCGACCACCUGCAAACUCAAACAUCGAAACGACCAACACGCAGCUCGGCGGAACUUUUCAUGUUAGUCAAGACAGGGACUCGUUGGGUCAACAUCAAGCAAUUUAUCGCAGCGUUUUUCAUAAGACACGCUUGCUUGGUCAAAGUCAUUGGGCAGUGAAUGUUCUUCUAAUACGUGACAUAUUCGAAUUAUUCGAGACGCAUCUACGGGAGAAUAAAACUAACGCGGCCAGCGGUAUAGAAAGGUGUAAGUCGUUAGCGAGAGCCAUUAAAGCUCAGCGCGCACCGUCGUGGCCCACGCUACCCACACGGGAUAUACCACCGAAAGAAGUUACCGAUACGCUCGUUGAGUGCUAUCUCAAGACAACCGAGUCCGUAUAUAGAAUUUUACACAUACCCACUUUCCGCGGAAUCUAUGAUGCGCUUUGGAUUCCGGAUGCCGUGCACAACACCGAGAUGUCUUUCAUAAUUCAACUCAAACUUGUCCUCGCCAUCGGUGCAACAACAUACGAUAAAAACUUCUCACUUAGAGUUCCCGCCAUCAAAUGGAUUUAUGAGGCGCAGACUUGGUUAUCGGAGCCGAAAUUCAAGUCUAGGCUGGACAUCCCCUUUCUACAAACAAGUUUACUUCUUUUUAUUGCUCAAGAAAGAGUUGGGGUUGGCGGAGAGAUGAUGUGGAUCUCAAUUGGGUCGCUUCUCAGGAAAUCAAUAUGUAUAGGCCUGCAUAGGGAUCCCAUUCACUUUCCUCAAAAGUCAAUGUUGGCAGCAGAAAUGCGCAGGCGGCUCUGGAAUACGGUUCUGGAGAUGACCCUACAAUCUAGUUUGACGUCUGGAGGCCCCCCUCUGAUUUCACUCAAUGACUUUGACACACAGCCACCUGGAAACUACGAUGACGAUCAGCUCAUAGCCGAUGACCCAGUGCCGAAGCCUUUAAUUAUCUUCACACAAAUGUCCGUCGCAAUAGCGCUUCGCAAGACAUUUCCACAGCGUCUUGCUGUGAUCAAGUUCUUAAAUGACCUGUCCUCUCCUGGUACAUACGAAGAGACACUUCGACUUGAUAGAGACUUACGAAAGGCAUACAAAGAGCUUGGUCAAACCGUGCGAGAAAUUUCCACAUCAAGCAAGGGUUCUUCGCCUCCUAAACUGGACAUCAAAUUGGUGGAUUUCCUUAUGCACCGAUACCUGUCAUCACUUCAUGUUCCUUACUUUGGACCAGGACUACAGGAGACAGCUUACGCCUUUUCAAGAAAAGUAGUCGUGGAGUCAUCGCUUAAAGUCUGGCGUGCUGCGUAUCCGUCCUCGCGUCUUUCAGCCUCGGGGGGUUUUGAUAGCCCUGAGACCAAUUCUGAGUGGGAAGGACUGCCACGGCUCACUAUAAGCUGUUCAGGGUUCUAUCCAACUGUAGCCAUUCAAGCCGCUUUUCUCAUCGCGAUUGAACUGCGGGCACAAGGACAGGAAGAAGAGAGCCUUGGUCCCGUGGUUUUACGACCGGACCUAAUGUCUGUAUUAGAAGAUGCCAAGGAUUGGUGCUUAUUGGCUAUCCAAACAGGCGAGACUAACGUGAAGGGCUUCCUUCUCAUGAGUAUUGUUACAGCUCAAAUCCUGGGGCUAAUAAGAGGCGUCGGGCAAGAUGAACUUGCAAAAUUACUGAUUGAGGCCGUCGAAAAUGUGGAGAAAGAAUGUCUUCCUAUCCUAGAAGAUAUGGCAGCGGCACUAGAUCAAGGCGAAAGUACUGCAGAUGACAUUCACCAAGGGUCAAUGUCAACCCCUCUUGGCGAUAUGGAAGGGUGGGCGUUUAUGACUUCGGAUUCUCUGUUCCAUGUGGGAAAUCCCGAUGAAAUGGGCUGGGCGUUUAAUGAUGAAGCCAACCAGGGAAUUCCAUCACUUUGGUAG